AUGGUGGCUGACUUGCUCAAGGUCACAGAGGGCGGCAGGGGCAGCGCUUCGGGAGGCCCGCAGCAGGUGGACGGGGUGAAAACCAGCUUUGAGGACAGCAUCCAGGGGAGCGUCUUCACCUACACCAACAGCAACUCCACCAGAGACCCCUUCGGCGGCCCCGAUUACCACAGCGCCCCCAGAUGGGUGUAUCACCUCGCCGGCGCCUGGGUGGUCUCCGUGGUCAUCGCCUCCAUCUUCACGAACGGGCUCGUGCCGGCAGCCACCACGAAGUUCGAGAAGCUGCGCCGCCCUCUGAACUGGAUCCUGGUGAACUUGGCCAUCGCUAACCUAGCGGAGACGAUCAUCGCCGGCACCGUCAGCGCUGCGAACCAGAUGUACGGCUACUUUGUGCUGGGCCGCCCCUUGUGCAUCGUGGAGGGCUACACUGUCGCCCUGUGUGGGAUCACCGGUCUCUGGUCCUUGGCCAUCAUUUCCUGGGAGAGAUGGACGGUGGUCUGCAAGCCCUCUGGCAAUGGGAGAUUUGAUGCCAGGUUGACCGUUGCGGGCAUUGCCUUCUCCUGGAUCUGGGCUGCCGUGUGGACAGCUCCACCCAUCUUUGGUUGGAGCAGUCUGUCCUGCCAGUUUCGAAACUGCAUCUUGCAGCUUUUGGGGAAGAAGGUGGAUGAUAGCUCUGAACUCUCCAGCGUUUCCAAAACAGAGGCCUCAUCUGUCUCUUCGGUGUCACCUGCCUGAGUCCGUCUGUCUCCCACUGGAAAACGUAACCAGUCCCACCCUCCGGGGCUUUGGCCACCCCGCCCCUGCCCCUUUUCUCCAUCCCUGUGAAAUAAAUGUAGUUUCUCUUUGCCGGAAGCAACCGAGUCAUAGGGGCUGCCACUGCAGCUUGGGGGCACCCGAGCCUCUGAGCGCUGGGUCGCUGGGUUGUGAGAGAGCACGUGCGGGAGAGAGGGGCGCAGCACCGUACUUUGGAGUUGCUCAUCUUUUCUAAGCCUC